UUUGAUGAAUGUGUGUAUUUCCUUAAGAGUCUGCCCAGGCUUUCUGUGGAUAGUCAGUCAUCCGCUCCCUCCACUCGCUAGAGUGGCUCACACGAAUGUACGUGCUCACCGGUGAAUUUAAAAUUCCGGGCCCCUCCUUCUCGAAACCUUCCGUCGACGUCCGCGCACAUUCCCCCCCCCCCUAUAUUACCAAGCGCGAGUAACGAAUUUAUAUUAUUUCUCAAUCUGAAGCCCCUGGUCCUUUCCUUGAGUUUGUCGCCGUGUUUCGUGUCGCACUUGGUGUUCAGUUGUCGACGGUUUUUCCGCGGACGAGCCGGCCGGUUCCUCGCGCCGCCUCUGCGUGCGAUGUCCGUCGUGUCACCGCCACGAGCCCCGUCUCUUGGCGUUCUCCUUCCGUCCGCCCGUUACCAUGGCGUUAGCGAACGCCCAAGCGCAACUGCACGCAUGCAGCAACGUGUACUCUGACCGUGUGACUAGUAUCGCCGCGACUGUAUAGCCACAGUUUAACAUUGGCUCGAUCGUUACCACUUCAAUUUCGGUGCUUCGGUCGUCGACCCAGCUCUUCCAUUUCCUGCGAGCACCAGUCUUUUACAUAUCGUAAGCGAGCCGGCGGCGGACUCGAGGCCUAGUGCGGCUUUCAAAUGGGGCAGACGAGUGACUGAGAUGGGGAGCGUUGUGCGGCUCUACAAAUCACACGCCACAUCACACAUCAUCAAACGUUACGUAUUUACACGGCAAGACCCCCCGCGUUGUUACGUGAGAGAAUUCAGCAAUGAACAAUGACCAUAGUUGACAAGCCAUCAGAACACUCUGACUCUGAGUCAGGUCGGCCCAGGGGUUGCGGGUCUCUGCCCUCGUUUGCCACUGGAGACAUGGAUGGUGACUCUGCCAGCUGGAGUGUGGGUUCCUCAACUCACGACACCUCCAAAGCUAAUGCCUCUUGUGUGGGACUGACCCCCGUAGCCCCACUCUUCAGUGGCACUUCAGCAGCUUCAGGAGAGAAGCCAAAGGAGCAAGUGGUUAUGACAAGUGGGGACGGCAUCGCUCUCCCACAGAAGGUCCUUUUCCCAGCAGAUCGAAUCAGUCUGAAGUGGAACCAGGUCCAUCGCAUUGGAGCAGGACUCCAUAACUUGGGCAACACUUGCUUCCUCAACUCGGCUCUCCAGUGUCUCACCUACACACCACCACUGGCCAACUACAUGCUGUCCCGGGAGCAUUCCAAAACUUGUCAUGAGCCUGGCUUCUGCAUGAUGUGCACCAUGCAGAACCAUGUGACGCAAGUCUUCGCCAACUCUGGAAAUGUCAUAAAACCUAUUGGUGUUCUAAAUGAGCUAAAACGAAUUGCAAAACAUUUUCGCUUUGGAAGCCAGGAAGAUGCCCAUGAGUUUCUACGGUACACAGUUGAUGCUAUGCAAAAGUCCUGCCUACCUGGAAAUAAAUUAGACAGGCAAACCCAGGCAACUACAUUUGUCCAUCAAGUCUUUGGAGGCUACUUAAGAUCAAGAGUGAAAUGCCUAAACUGCAAAGCGGUAUCUGAUACAUUUGAUCCUUUCCUGGAUGUAGCUUUGGAAAUAAAGACUGCUCCAAACAUCAUCAAAGCUCUUGAGCAAUUUGUUAAACCAGAACAGCUGGAUGGAGAGAAUGCCUAUAAGUGUACAAAGUGUAAGAAAAUGGUACCUGCCUCGAAGAGAUUCACAAUUCACCGCAGCUCCAAUGUCCUGACUAUUUCUUUGAAGCGCUUUGCAAACUACAAUGGAGGAAAAAUUGCAAAAGAUGUUAGAUACCCUGAGUACUUGGACAUACGUCCAUUCAUGUCCCAGUCUCACGGAGAGCCCCUGCACUACCUCCUGUAUGCCGUGCUAGUUCACUCGGGAUUCAGUUGCCAUGCUGGACACUACUACUGUUACAUCAAGGCCAGCAAUGGACAGUGGUAUCAGAUGAAUGAUGCCUCUGUCACUAUCAGUGAUAUAAGAACAGUUCUAAACCAGCAAGCCUAUGUUCUCUUUUAUAUCAGGUCCCCUGAUGUGAAAAACGGAGGGGAGUACAACCAUUCCAAUCGAACGCCAGGUCAGACCUCUCCACACCCUGUCCUCAACCCUCGGCAGGGUGGGCUUCGCAACCCCACUACAGGCUUCAUUGGGCCACAGCUACCACCCCACAUGGCCAAGAACCAUCCCCACAUUAAUGGGAACAGCUCCUUGAAGGGACUGUCUUCUGGCUCCAAACCUGGUGGCAGCACAGGCCUUAUCAACAGAACAGUCUCCAGCCUCUCCUCUAGCUCCAUUACCUCGCAGCUUCUCAGCCGCCCUACUGGGAUCCCGGAGGCUGCUAAAAGGCAGAAAUUGAGCUUCCUCAUUGGCCAGGGAAAAACGGUCCGACUCUCUCAAAACCACCCCACGCUUCAUUAUAAACACAGCUGCUCAUCAUCUGUGACCUCCCACCUACAGUCCCAAACCUCCACUUCUGUUGCUUCUUCCUCUAUCACUACUUGCACAUCCUCCUCCUCCUCCUCCUCACAGUCUACCUCAGAAUAUCUGCCAGCAACAGUAUCCCGGCCCAGCCUUCCUUCUGGCUCCAAUGCUCCUCAUGUCAAUGGCACAUCUCUCAACCACUGUGCCACUCUCCUGGUGCCUUAUGGUCAGGAGUCCUCUGAAGAGUCUGACCAGGAGGGUGGCAGCCUGGAGAAUGGCUUUGAUGAGCUUCAUGGCCCCCCUGCAUUAAAUGGGAAGAACAUGCAGAACAUUUCUCCCUAUACACAUAACGGUUCCGUGGCAAAGGAGUCCCAUGUCCAAGAGAAUGGUUCAGGAGUUUCUCAGCAUGUCUUUGGACCAAGCCAGAAUGGGUUAUAUAAUGGCAUCAAACCCAUUGAGAAGGUCUCUUCCACAGUGUUGGGCACAGACAGUGUUGAGCACCUAUCACCUAGCAUUGACAAAGAUGGGGAUGUCACCACCAGUGUUGUGGAGACACUGACCACAGAUUCUGCUUUAGACAGCCAGCCUGGCAAUGAAACAUUGUUUCCCACAGUCCCUUCAUCCCACAUACAUGAUUCUACACUGAGAGGCAGCCACAAACCUGCUUUGGAGUGCCAGGUCUCCACUCAAGGCAAAAGGGCUAAAUCUCACAUGGAUGACCUCACUCAGCUUGCUCCUGCUUUAUCUGCUAACCUUUGUUAUAUGUCUAGUGUGAGUGACCUGAAAGAAGUCCCAACUAAGCUAUCCAGUAUGGUCUCCGAGACUCCUAGAGUCAUCCGCACAGUCUAUCACAGUGAUGCUGUAUCCUCAACGUCCUUCAGCUGCAGCCCCAAUAACAAUAUUUUGGUAAACCAUGGUCUGUCUGGCCCUGGGUGUGUUUCUGGAGCAGCUCCUAGGGUACAGGAGUCUACAGACUUGUCUGGAUUAAAGACCUCGGAACUGAGGAGUACUUCAGAAAGUGAUGGACAGCUUUCCACACUGGAGGGCAAAGAUGAGUUUAAGGAGUCCAACCCAGUCAAGCAAAAAAUGAAAGAUCAGGAAGUACAUCAGACUACAGACUGUGACCACCUGUCUACAUCUCCUGCAAAGAGGUGGGACAAGGGUCCUGAGAAACACAGGAACCACAGGUACAGGGACAGUUAUAGUAGAAAGAGUAUGGACAAGGUCAGGAGAAGAGACCGAAGUAAGAGCAAGGAUAGGAGAAGGGACAGGAGUAAGAGCAGGGAUAGGAGAAGAGAUAAGUCAGGCCACAAGAAUGUCAUACGCCACCAUACUCAAAGGGAAAGGACCUACAGGGAGAGGGAGGCAGAGCGCCAGUGGGAGCGCUAUGGGCACCACUGCAGGCACCACUGGCACAGUGAGCAUGUUGAGGACAGGCGCCCAGGCUGCUGUCGACAGGCAGAAGAGGACCGAGGGAAGGGACACCGCAAUCAGGACGGCAGCCACUCAAGAGCCAGGCACUCACCUCAGAGCACCCUGCUCCGUGAGCGCCACCAUAGGGACAACUCUGACAGGAGACUUCUCAAGUGGGAUAGGUCCUCUCAGGAGAGAAAGGCCAAAAAACACAAGUCCAAGAAGAAGAAGGAGAGGAGCAAGCAUAGUGAUCGCUGGAGCUCAGAGCGGGACACAGCUGAGAGGAACUCGGAUGACAGCUCUAGAAGACACAAAAAAAAGAAGAAGAAAAAGAAGAGGAGGAGGAGACAUGAUAGCACUCAUUCCUCACCUAAUAACAGCUCUGGUCCAAGUGCCAAGGAGUGGCGGUGUAGUGACGACUACAGGUCAAGCCACAAGCGACACCACCAUGACGGAGAACAGUCUCCACACCCAGGGAAACGCUGUCGGUCUGAAACUGACCCUCAUCUGCCCAGCCACCCAGGGAAUGAGGCAUCUCAGUUGGGUGAAAUUGCUCACAAAUGCUUGGUGAAUGGCCUAAAUGUUGACAGAAACUAUAAACACUUGAACAGUGAAGUGUCUUCAUCUCACAGUGUUGGACAAAAUACGGACCUUGGCUGUUCUAAACAGCUUCCUCAAAAGACGUGAAUCUCAGACAGGAAAUGAAUAGAGUCCUGAAUACUGAAAGUGGUGCUUUAAUAAUUGGGAAUACAUACUGUAUUUUUUACCACAGAAGAUGUUUUAGAUAUUCUUUUUUACACUUUUUAAUUUAAUCUUCGGUGGUGAAAACUAGCAUGUCGGAUAUCUAAAGAACAGAACUCAAAUAUAUUUAAUAUUAAAGUAAUCAGAGGCCUGGAGCUUAACAUCUCUACUGCUGCUCAGUCACAGACUCAGGACUUUCUCACUUCUUUAAACAAGACUACUUCUCUUUAGGAUUUACUCCCGGGAUGAAUGAAGACCCAGGCAGGUUUCAUUAAAGGGACUAUACUGCUUUGUCAUCCGGCUAUUUGUGAAGUACCUGUAUCCACUGAAAAGGAUAUCUGAAACUGACUGAACUGUUGUGUUACACUUACACAGCAGUGGCAAACCUGGACAGACUUGAGCAUUUCUCACCUUUGUACUUUAUUAAGGCCUAAGCUUGUAGCAUCCUGGCACUGGAAAAGGUCUGUUGGCACUCAUCUCACAGAAGUCACAUUUUCUUCAAGGAACUAGAUAUUUUGCUUUCUAAAGUAUAACUCCGGUUGCGUUUCUAGCUUCAGAAAGAAUACUGUGAAUUGCAUAUGUGAACUGCAUUUAAACUGUACUAUCAGUUAUUUUUUUAUACAUAAACAUUCCUGUAUCAGGAAUAUCAAUUGAAAUGUUUUGUUUUAAUAAAUUUCCACUACAUAGUUUGGAGCCUACACUAUGGGCAUGUCUCAAAGUUGAUAUGGUUUGUUUUUCUUAAUCCAAACAACAGUUAAUAUUCAACCCCUAGUUCUACUGUAGCAUGAAAAACUUUUACAAUGUAAAAUGUAUAUACAUAUAAAAGCCUUAAAUACACAAUUCUUGGAAAUUUCCUUUUUAUAAUAGUAUGAUGUGUCAUGAAGAUAAAUGUGGAAGCCUCAGUAUGUACUUAUUGAAGAAUUUCUGCCAUUGUAAAAGGUAUACUCAUGGCUGCUAUUUUGUUGUGUGAAUUCUGUGUAUAAAUACUUCAAUCUACCAUGAAAAUUUUAAAUAAUGUCCAGCACUGGUACUUGCAAAUCUUAGGGGUUUUGUUCUGUUUUUGCUUGUAUUUGGUUACUGUAUUUAGAGGUAUAUUCAAUACACUAAUUACUACAGGGUCUUAUUUUAUAUCCUACUAUUGUAGAAAGCUUGCUGUACCGCAAAGCACUGUUUCUGAAGAUU